UCCCUGUUCUGGGUGAUCUCCAGUGGGUGGGAGGAAGUUGUUGGAGAGAUUUCUUCUCCUUGUGCUGCUGUGAUUUGGUUGGCAAUAAAUUCACUCCCUGCACCCAGGCUGGGUCUGUUGUGCCCUUGCUGGUGCUCAGGGUGGGAUCUCUCCUGUUCCUUCUCAGCUCCUGGGCCUUUCCUUGUGUUUCCUCUCCCUGUGCAGCUGCAGAGGGCAGGGACAGAGCAGUUUUGGUGUCCAUUCACGUCCAGGCAAGACCAGCCCAGCCCCAGGAGUUCUGAGGGGCUUGUGGGGCUCCCCCCUGCCGGAGGAGGGUGUCCCCCCUUGCUGCAGCCCCAGCCCUCAGGCAGCGCUCAGCCAAGCAGAGAACAACCUCAGCUGGGGCCUCACUUUGGGAACACCUGAGCCCCUGGACAUCUCCAUCCCCAUUCGGGGGUGCAUCUGGGCUCUUGGAUAUUUGGGACCCCAUUUUUUGGGAUGUAUUGGGUUUGUAUGGAUUGGUUAUGGUAGUGGGGUGGGCUCUGAGAAGCUGCUGGAAGCGUCCUCAGUGUCCAACAGAGCCAAUCCCUGGUGGUUCUAAAGACGGAGGUUCUGGAUGCAGAGAUCCCCCCACGGUCCCUGGAGCAGCCCCCUGGCACAGGGGGGUGCCUAAGAGGAGGCUGUGACCCCGUGUGAGCCCCGCGGACAAGGCAGGACUCACCUUGUGGCAGACUGACCUCCGGGGCUGCAGCAGGGUGAGCGGGCUGCUGCUGGUGGGAUGGACUCACAUCAGAGCCGGGCACUGCUGGGGGUUUGGGUUUCUCUGGGAGUUUUUGUCCCAUUUGUCACCCGGAAAGACACCAGGAGCAGCAGGGGGUGACAGCCACGGGUGGCUGAGAUGACAAAGGGCUGGCUGCUGGCUCUGGCUCAGGCCUGAAAUCGUUUGGGGGAGGGCAGGGGUGCAGGGCUCGGGCAGUUUGGGGUGUCGGGCGCUUUGCUCCUGGAUUGUCCUGCCCGUGCCCGCUGCUCCUGGGGCACAGAGAGGGGCCCGAGCAUGUCACCUCAAAACUUCCCUGGGAAUCGUCCCAGAGCCCUCAGCCUUCCUUGUGCCCAUCCCUGCGGCCUCUUGUCUGUCCCAGUGGCUCCCGUGGCUCUCCCACUCCAUUCCCAGUCCAUCCCAGUCUCUCCCAGUGCCCCCGGCGUGUCCAUCUCAGCCGUGCGUGGUACUGCCGCCCAUCAGCCAAUCAGGAUGCGUGUCUCUGAUGACUCAUCCGUUGCCAGGCAGACCCGCAGCGCCGAGUGCCCCGCUCCGGGCUCGGCCUCCCAGUGCCGCGCGCGUCAUUCCCAGUUCCUCCCAGCGUCCACAAACUCCCUCCCAGUCCCUCUCAUCUCAUUCCCAGUACACCGCCAGUCCAUUCUCAGACCUCAUUUCACUUUGAGACCUUCACCCUCGGUCUCAGUGCUCCCCAGUUCUCGCAGUGCACUCCCACUCAUUCUGAAUGCCACACCACCCGUCCCCCGACUCUCCCAGUUCCCCCCAGCUGCUCCCAGUGUGUCCCUGCUCUCUCCCAGUGCCCAUCCCACCGUGUCCAUCUCGCUGGUGCCCUCGGGCUCCCAGCCCAGCCCCGGCCGCCUGCUCUGCUCCGUGAUGGAUUUCUACCCUGCCCACAUCCAGCUGAGGUGGUUCCAGGGCCAGCAGGAGCUCUCUGUGCUGGCCACCGAUGUGGUUCCCAGUGGGGACUGGAGCCACCAGCUGCUGGUGCUGCUGGAAAGCCCCCAGUGUGGGGUCACCUGCAGCUGCCAGGUGGAGCACGUCAGCCUGGAGUACCCCUGAACCAGCACUGAGGCACAGGGGGGGCACUGGGGGUGCUGGGAGGGGGAUUGGGUUGUGCUGGGAGCAACUGGGAGGGAGUUUGAGAAGGAGUUUAAGGGAG